AUUGGGCGGCGUGAUCUCGCCGCGGUUCCGCGGCCCUGCCGCCGCCGCCGCCGCCGCCAGCAGAGAGCACCGGGCGGGCCAGGCGAGUGGCCAUGGCGGGCGCGGAAGACGGACCGGGCCAGCAGCUGGAGCUCGACGAGGACGAGGCGGCGUAUUGCCGGCGCUGGGGCGCGCAGCAUGCCGGGGCCCGCGAGCUGGCCGCGCUCUACUCACCAGGCAAGCGCUUCCAGGAGUGGUGCAGUGUGAUCCUCUGCUUUAGCCUCAUCGCUCACAACAUGGUCCACCUCCUGCUGCUGGCCCGCUGGGAGCACACGCCCCUUGUAAUGCUGGGUGUCGUUGCAGGGGCGCUCAUUGCUGACUUCUUGUCUGGCCUGGUGCACUGGGGAGCCGACACCUGGGGCUCCGUGGAACUGCCCAUUGUGGGGAAGGCUUUCAUCCGACCCUUCCGAGAGCAUCACAUCGACCCAACAGCCAUUACAAGGCAUGACUUCAUCGAGACCAAUGGGGACAACUGCCUGGUGACGCUCCUGCCACUGUUAAACAUGGCCUACAAGUUCCGCACCCAGAGCCCAGAAGCCCUGGAGCAGCUGUACCCCUGGGAAUGCUUCAUCUUCUGCCUGGUCAUCUUUGUCACCUUCACCAAUCAGAUCCACAAGUGGUCGCACACAUACUUUGGGCUGCCGAGCUGGGUCAUCCUCCUGCAGGACUGGCAUGUCAUCCUGCCCCGUAAACAUCAUCGCAUCCACCAUGUCUCACCCCACGAGACCUACUUCUGCAUCACCACAGGCUGGCUCAACUACCCUCUGGAGAAGAUGGGCUUCUGGCGACGCCUAGAAGACAUCAUCCAAGGCCUGACAGGCGAGAAGCCUCGGGCGGACGACAUGAAAUGGGCACAGAAGAUUAAAUAAGUCGUCUGUGCCGCCACCUUAUUGCCAACCUUCCCCAGCUCCCCUAAACCGAAGCCAUCUGCCAAAUUCCAGCCUCCUUGCACUGGCCCCUCUAGGUGGAGAGGACAUCUCCUGGGCUGGGCCCAGGCACCCCCAGCCCACCCCUUGUGACAGAGAAUACUUGAGCCACUGGUUUUUUCAUUUUCUUUCAUUUUUUUUCCUUGGCCCCUCCCCAGCCACCUGAGCUGUUCUGUCUGCCAAGCCUGACUCUGCAAAAAAAAAAAAAAAAAAAAAAAAGGAGCCCUGCCAGCCAUCCCUGGGAUUGAGGAAAAGCUCAUCAAUUCCCCACACUCCCACCACCACUGGGCAGCCCAGAAGUGUGGCUGGUAUUGGGGCAUUGAGUCAACUUACCUGUUCCUCUGUGUCUGCCCUCAGUAGUCAAGGAGCCCCCAGGCACAACUCUUUUCCUGGAGCAUCACCCUGCUGUGGCCCUGCAAGCUGACCCUGAAGGCCUGGAUGAGUAGACAGUGACAGUCACUCCCUUCAGCCUAGCGUGUCCGCCCGAGGAUGGCAGAGGGCAGCAAGGGUCUGGGGGCAGCCAGCCAGAGAGGCCAGAAUUUCCUGAUCAAGGCUGAACCUCCCCUCUCCCCCAUCUGUCCAUGUGAUUCCAGCCAGAGCUGAUAAUUCUAAUCAGAGUAUGUAUUCAGAGGGCACAGCCCCUUCAAAGGGUCUUGGUCACUGGGGAGGAGACACAGUGUCCCCUCUGGCCAGGGGUAUGUCAGAGAAGGAAAGGUGGGGCUCUUCGUUUUGUUUUUUUUUUUUUUUAAAGGUGCUUGCUUGUUUAAUGUAAAUAAUAGAAAGCCUUAAUAUCUUUUCUGUAACACGGAGUAAUAUUUUAAUGUCAUGUUUUGGAUGUACAUAAUAUAUUUAUAACAAAGCAGCAAGAGUCUACUUAACCUCAGCUGCCUCGUGUUUCCUGGUUGGCUGGGGGUGUGGGAGUCAGGAACCUGGAGGGUGAGGCCCCACCCCAAGCCUGGGCGAAGGAUGGAGGCUUUGUCAUCUGAAACAAUCAAUGCUGACAUCUACUCCAAACGCUUCUGGAGGGGACUCAUGAUUUGGUGAGAAAUGUUUUUCAUUCAGGAGAUCAUGAUGGUAGAGUAAUGAAGGCUGACCCCUACUGUUGAAUUCCUUCAGCAAAUGUUUAUUGGCACGUGGUGUGUGCCAGGAGCUGCCCUGGACACGGGGCACAGAAGGGAACAAACAAGCACUUAACCUGGUGGAGUGGACCUCCUGGGGAGAGAGACAAUAAACAUAAAUAAAUGCACAUGGA